AUGAAGAUUCUUACAAAGGAAGAGGAGGAGGCGCACUACUCAGCUGUCGUCAAGGGCGGUCUCAUUGGAGGUGGUCUUGGUCUUGCUGUUGGUGUUGGAGGUGUCAUGUUUGCUUCAAGGCGAUACCCUGCUUUCCGCGGCCUCACAAUCCCUUUCAGAACGUUCCUAGUCACAUCCGCGGGCACAUUUGGCGCCAUUAUCAACGCCGAUCGCUGGUCCAUGGAUUUCCAGAAGAAGCAGAAUCCCAUGAACUUUUACGAAGACCAGACCCAGCGCGCCCAGCAAAUCGUUCGCGAGAACCAGACGACCUGGGAGCGCUUCAUGGAGUACGGUAAGGAGAACCGUUACUCUAUCGUGUUUGUCUCAUGGCUCGCAUCCAUGGGUGUCGCUUUCGCGCUUGUGAGCCGUUCACCCAUGAACACAGCCAACAAGGUCGUACAGGCCCGUGUGUAUGCUCAGGGCCUGACCCUCGCGGUUCUCAUCAUCUCAGCUGUCUUUGAGAUGAACGAUGCCAAGAAGGGUGAGGGUCGCUGGCAGACCGUCAUGGUCGUCGAUCCCGAGGACCCCGAGCACAAGCGACUUAUUGAGAAGAAGAUUCAUAAGGAGGAGUAUGAGGGCCAAGACCUCUGGAAGGAUAUGGUCGCUGCUGAGGAGCGCCGAUUGGCCGCCAAGAAGCAAGCUGAGAGCAAGGCUUAA